CAUUUGGGUGUCAUUCGAAAACACGAGGUUGAAUGACAUCAUCUGGUUCUUCGGUUCUGACUGCGUCUUGCUCCUCUUCGCGUCCAUCUCACUACGAUCAGACUCCUGCAUACCUAGUCUUCGAAGAGAACAUUCUGAAGCAGACCUGUCUAUAGCUUACCUCAAUCAUCUUUCCAUUACACCGCUCCCCCAACUUCCUGCUUCCCAUAGCCGACUCAUCAUGCUACUCCGAACGGCUAUCCGACCGUCCGCGUUUCGCUCGAUAGCCAAAUCAAUACCUGCCGCUCCAAUACGGUCACCAUUCAACCGUCCCGUGGCCAUAGCAUUUGGACUUUCCCUUGGUGCCACGCCUUUCCUGCAUCCUCGAACCACAGCCAGACUAGACUCGUCGCCUUCUUCCCCUCAAGCUGCGGAAUUCAGUAGCACUCCUUACACUCAUUCACGAGAUGCCAGAACGCCCUUGACAAAAGAUGGGAGGACUCUCAACCCAGCUGCUGUCAAGCAGAUCAGCUUAGGGGCAAUAUUAGGACUAGGAGCAGGAGUGCUGCUGUCCGCUUUCUCUCGGAUGUUAACACUGAUUAUCGGCCUGGGAAUUGUGAUCUGGCAGUAUGCUGCUCGCAAAGGCUACAACUUCAUCCCCGUGGAGCGCAUGCAGCGGCAUGUGAGGAACAUUGACCUGCGCAGUGCCAUUAACAAUAACGUGGCCUUCAAGAUCAGUUUCGGUCUCAUGUUUGCUUUGACUGCGUUUGGAGAGUUCUGAAUGACAUGAUACACGCCCGAUUGGUCUUCGGUUGGUAUGUCUCGGAUACAUAACGAUAUCUUCCUCGACUUGAAAAAGAAAAUAGUAAUUCCAAGGCUCGCUUUGGGCACGUCCUGUGGACAUCGGCGUGGACAGAAUUAUUCACUAAUUAUUGCCGGACUUCGAGGACAUGGUGUUGUCGUCCACAAAGCUUGCAAAACCAGCCAUGCGUCAAUGAUCUAUGGUCUGGAGUUGUGUCAAGAAGAUUGCUACGAGUCUUCGAAGCUUGACUUCGGCUUCAUCGCGUCGUUGCUGAGAGGUGCAGCAACUAAAUCAAUCGCCUUCCGCAACUGUCAGCCUCGUCGGUCUCAUAAAGCUGCGACUGCUUAAGCACAUGGCAUAAGACCAAGAAAUCGAGUCUCGAAAAGCGAUGAAUGUUCUGCACCAUAUAUUCCUCCUUCACUUCUUUCCUUCCGUCACGAUCAAGCUUGAGAGUUGCCCAUGAGCUUGUCUUGCUCCUCCUCACCACUGCCCUCCGAGCCCUGACUGACGCUGGUCCUGCUUCUUCGCCCAUGAUGAUUAUCCCGGUCAUCCUCUUCGGCCCCUCGUACCAUCCCACCAACGUCAACACCAACACCGACAUGUCCCGCAGGCAAAAGAUUCAACCUAUCCUCCUCUUCAUCCAAAUGCCCAUGUACUCUCCAAAAAGCCCAACCCGCCACGGCCGCAAUGACCCCCAUAAUCGCAUAAUUCCAGACCAGCAAUGGAUCCGUCG